AUGGCCUUAGAUGCUAAGGUCAAGCCAAUGUUUAUCUUUUUAAUGGAGACUAAGGUACGACAAAAUCAUGCGGAACGGUUGAAGAAUAAAUUGUGUUUCGAAGGUCUGUUCUAUGUGGAUGGUGGCGGUUUAGGAGGUGGACUAGCAUUGUUAUGGCGAGAUAAGGGGGUUGCGAGCCUAAUUAGUUACUCUAAAAAUCAUAUCGAUGUCCAAGUAAGGUUGCCUGGUUACAAUGCUUGGCGUGUGACUUUUUAUUAUGGCUUCCCAGAAAGAGGCAGACGUCAGCAAGCAUGGGAUUUUUUGAGAUCUCUGAAGCAUAAAUCCGAUCUUCCAUGGAUGGUGGUAGGAGACUUUAAUGAUAUUGCAUCGCCAGAGGAAAAACGUGGUAUCCAUCCUCACCCCACUUCAUUGAUUGAUGGUUUUAACUCUGCUUUGGAAGACUAUGGUCUUUUUUAUCUUGGGAUGCGAGGAAGACGUUUCACAUGGGAACGUGGUAAAGGGACUGAAAACUGGGUUGAGGAGAGGCUGGACAGAGCUGUGGUGGGGGUGGAUUGGUGUAGUCUAUUUCCUCACGCGUCGGUCCUGAAUUUUGAAGUCCUUACUUCUGAUCAUACUGCAAUUUUCGUAGAAUUGGAGGCCACAAAAAUAGCGCGUCGACGCAGAAGUUUUCUAUUUGAGAAUGCAUGGCUCACAGAGAAUGGUUGCAAAGAAACGGUUCUUGAAUCCUGGAAUGCCUCGUGCGGUGAAUGGUUUCCUAACAGGCUUGAUCAUUGUGGAAUGGCGUUAAAGAAAUGGGGUGGAGGCUUUGUGAAGCGUGUUCAGAGUGAUAUUCAGAACAUUCAAAGGCGGCUUACCAACUUAAGAGAUGGCGGGACGCUGACACACUGGCUCUUGAAGGGUGAUAGAAAUACUAAAUUUUAUCAUCUUUAUGCGUCAGCCAGGAAGAGGAAAAAUCGAAUCCAGAGAUUACAAGAUGGUACAGGUCAGUGGGUGGAGGGGACUGAUUUGUUGGGAGUUGCAUUGAAUUAUUUUCAGAAUAUUUUCUCUACUAAAGGCUCUCAUGCAGAUGGUUUAUUGGAGGAUUUUGUGCCAAAAGUCACUGAUAUGGACAAUGCUUGUUUAAUGCAAUCUUUUACGGUGGAUGAAGUGAAAGAGGCCCUAUUUUCCAUGGCCCCGGAUAAAUCACCGGGUCCGGAUGGGUUUAGCCCGGCAUUCUAUCAGCAUUUCUGGAAUGAAAUCAGUCCUGAUGUGGCUAAUUUUAUUAUUGGUUGUGCUAAUGGUGCAGGUUUUCCAACAGGGAUGAAUGAUGCUAUAAUCACUCUUAUUCCAAAGAAGUCUGUACCAGUAACCAUGGCGGACCUGCGACCAAUUGCACUAUGCAAUGUCACAUAUAAAAUACUUUCUAAAAUGAUUGCUAAUCGCCUUAAAGGAGUGCUUGAUCAUGUGGUCUCUCCGAUGCAAAGCGCAUUUAUUCCCGGCCGUUUAAUCACUGAUAAUGUAUUAGUGGCAUCUGAAGUUAUUCACUAUCUGAAUCGGAAAAGGGAGGGCAGGGAUGGUUGGUGUGCUUUAAAACUAGACAUGGCGAAGGCAUACGACAAAAUGGAGUGGCCUUUUUUGAAGGAGAUUAUGAGUCGGAUGGGGUUCCAUAAUGGCUUCAUCGAUCUUGUAAUGAACUGUGUCACUACAGUUCGGUAUAAGGUUGGAGUAAACGGUGAUCUGACAGAUUAUAUUGUGCCAACAUGUGGUCUGAGGCAAGGUGACCCCUUGUCGCCUUACCUGUUUAUUCUUUGUGCGGAAGGCCUCUCUCAUUUGCUUUUAGGGGCAGUUCGUCAAGGACUGGUUUCGCAGUGUUCUGUGGCUAGGGGAGCUCCUGGAAUAUCUCACCUAUUUUUUGCAGACGAUAGUUUGUUAUUCUUCAAGGCUACCCUACAAGAGGCAGAAUCAGUAAAGUCCUGCUUGGUGAAGUAUGAACGACUCUCUGGGCAGUCUGUUAACUUUGGAAAAUCCUGUAUUGUAUUCAGUAGGAACACGAUGGAGCCGUUGAGAAAUAGUGUGGCUGCGGUUUUUAAUGUUCAACAGAGUGGUAAUGUUGGCCGAUAUUUAGGCUUACCUAUGGGAGUGGGCCGAAAUAAAAGAGAGAUUUUUUCAUAUAUUGAGGCUAAGUUACAACAUCGGCUUGGAGGGUGGAAUAAGAAGGUGCUCUCUAGGGCGGGCAAGGAAAUAUUACUUAAAAGUGUGGCUCAAGCCCUACCUACCUACACUAUGAGUAUAUAUUUUCUUCCUAUUACUAUGUGUACUCGUUUGGAGCGGAUGAUGAAUAAGUUUUGGUGGUCUUCGGGAAGCAGUAAUGGUGGAGGUAUAAGGUGGAUGGCCUGGGAACGCAUGUGUGGUCCUAAAGCUUUCGGUGGGUUGGGUUUUAAAAGUCUCCAUAAGUUUAAUCUGGCUCUGUUGGCAAAGCAGGGCUGGAGAUUGUUAACUAAGCCUAAUUCCUUAGCUGCUAGAAUUUAUAAAGCGAGGUACUUCCCCAAGUCUGAUUUUUUGGAUGCUAAUAUUGGUGCUAAUCCUAGUUUUUGCUGGAGGUCUAUAUUGGCCGGUCAGGAUGUACUCAGGAAAGGGUGUUAUAGGCGAAUUGGAAAUGGGCGCUCAACCUUUGUGUGGAAGCAGCCUUGGCUUCCCGAUGAUGUUAAUCCAUUCCCUAUCUCUCCGUCCCUUGGGCAUGAUCAAAAUUUGCAGGUCAGUUCUUUGCUCCACCCUCAAACUUAUGAUUGGGAUAUUGAUAGGCUGAAUUCUAUCUUUGUUCAGCGUGAUGUCGAAUUAAUCAUGCGGAUCCCAGUCUCUAUUAACUUUGAGGAUCACUGGUGCUGGAGAGGCGAUUUGAGAGGGUGCUAUUCUGUUAGACAUGGGUAUCGCAUGUUAUCUACCCCGAAUGAACAGGAUGUUGCUGCGCGCGGAAUUUGGCGUGUGUUGUGGCGUCUAAAAAUUCCACCCAGUGUUCAUAACUUUCUAUGGCGAUGUGUUCAUAAUGUUCUUCCCACAAUGACUGCUCUUCACCAUCGUGGGGUGAGUGUUGAUAUUCUUUGUCCUUUAUGUAAUGAUAUGCCCGAAACUAUACAACAUUUAUUCUUUGAAUGCCCCCUUACGGCUUCGACUUGGUCUGAUCUUACUCAACCGGUUAAUGCUAGCUCUGGUUUCGCGACGUGGCUGGAAGGUGUGGUAGUUGCUGGUAAUAUGAUGACAAUACUCCGGAGUGUGGCGAUCUGCUGGAGUAUUUGGCGGAGGAGAAAUGGGCUAAUAUGGAAUAGCACACCAUGGCAUGCAAACAAUGUUCCUUCUGAAGCUGUUCAACUUGUUAAUGAUUGGAUAGGUCUGCAAAAUGAGGUUGUAGCUGCUGCCUGUUUACCGCAACUGGGUGGUGCUUCUAACAUGAAUGAAGGGAUGCUCAGGUAUUACGUGGAUGCGGCUGUAUUUCCAAAUCAUGAUCAUGUGUUUUACGGUGUGGUCAUUUUGAAUUGUGAUGGUGGCUUUGUGGCUGAUCGUAAUGGUUUUUUCCGUUGCAUGAACAAUGCUGAUCUUGUAGAAGCCAUGGCAAUAAAGGAAGCAUUGUCUUGGGCUAAAGAUAGAGGUGAUAUGAAGAUUUUGGUCCUUUCUGAUUGUCAGAAGGUCUGUAAGUUUAUUAAUAGGUCCGUAGUGGACCUAUCUUAUGCGGGUUGCGUCAUUGAAGAUUGCAAGGCGAUUCUAAGACACUUUGAUGUAGUGUCAGUUUGUUUUGUUCCUAGAUCAGCGAAUAAGCUUGCCCAUGCAUUAGCUAGAGCGGCUCAUUCACAGUCUGGUCCUUCUGUUUGGAUUUCGUCUAUUCCUCCAUGUCUUGAACCUUUGAUUUAA